CCGAUUCAACAUCGAAAUCUCAUUAGAUCGCAAAGUUCCACAAUCGAAUAUGACGAUGUCUUCCGCAAAAUGUAGUGUUUGUUCCACUCCUUCAGAGAUUGCAGUUAACCAACUGAAACCGGAGUAUCUGAAGCUGUUAAAGGAAAUGAUGACAAAUCCGUCUCCAGCGGAAACACAGGAAUAUCAUUCUCAUCUGAAAUCAAAUCUACCGGAAGAGAUGUGCAAAGAGUGCUUCACAAUGCUAGAUAAAUAUUACAGCGUUUGGCAAAGAUUUAAACGCACCCGGAAACCGAUAAAAAAUUGCUACCUGUGUGAUCGUUGGAACAACAACAUGGUGUCGGUCUUCGUCAUCGUGGAUAUGUGGAAAGUCCAAAUUUCAGUCAUGAUAUGCUAUUUAACAGGAUUGUUAUUUCGGCGUCAAGACUUCAAAGAAGAGCCGCGUAUUUGUCCUAUUUGUAUUAACGAGCUAAAUAUUGGAUACGAAUUCAAAAAACGACUAUUGAAGGCAAAUGAGUCGCUUCAAAACACAUCGGCCGAAAAUGUAUUUUUUAUAAGUGCCCCAGCACGAAAGAAGGCAAAUUUUACAAAAACGUUCGUGAACACUGUCAAGAUUAAAAAUCGGUGUGAGAAAUUAGUUCCACAAAUCACAAAUGUGUUAGCCAAAAGAAUUAUAUUGGCAACACAAACGGAAACACAAGAAAAUCAUCAAACCACGCCGGAUACAUCACUAGCAACAACAAAAUAUCCGUGGGAAAAGAUGACCUACACAUCGAAAAGAGAACCACUCCAUCUGCUGGUCGACAUGUUCGCUACCCUGGUACCCGUAUGGAAUGAAAAACAUUCCCAAAUGGUUAUUACGGCCUACCGCUGCUCGGUCUGCGGGCUACAGGAGAACAAAGUUCUAUCAAAAUGUCCUGGAUGUUUGUUGGAGAUAAGAAACAGUAGAGAUGUUCAGGAACUCAGCAAGUUGUCAGUUUGUUUCAAUGCUCCUAUUAGAGCAAGGAUUCCUGAACCAAAGCGCAAUUUUAUUGAUCUAGAAAAUAAAAACGUCUUCGAAGACGAUGAAAUUUCUAUAAUACCGGAAAUGUGGUGCAACGAAAGCUGUCCCUUAGAUCCAUUAGAUACCAAGUACGAACAGAUUUUUCAUGAACAUUCCUAUGCUCGGUGCAACUCAUCCGAUGAAAGUGUAGACGGUACAACAACUGGGGAUUUUGACAUAACGAUGCACAAAAAAACUUCGAGACAUGAUGAACAGAACAGCGGAUACGAAAUAGUUUACGAUUGUGCACAGUGUUGCUCAAGAUUCACCAAGAAAGCAGAGUAUGACAUACAUUUGCAAUUGCACGGAGAAGAAAAGUGCAACCGAUCCGAUCACUUACGGCACCUCGUGAUCAGUGGACCUGUUUUCAAAUGUACGACAACUGACUGUAUAGUUGUUUGUCGAACUCUUUCUGCAAUAGAACAACACAUCGCAAGCAAGACGACGGUCCACAUCAACUGUUUCGGUUUAAAGUUUUCUGCAGCCGGCGGCUUCCGUUACACUUGUUGCAUACCGGAUUGCACGUAUCGAUGUGUUACUUUCGCCGGAAUGACUGACCACGCUAAGGAGAACCACGUAGACCUGCUAAAUGCUAACCAAUCAUUGGUCGACAGAAAUCCGUACAGUUGUCCAGUUUGCUACACACGUUUAAGCAGUAAUGAUGUUAGUAGCGUAUUGGCUCAUAUAGCCUCUGCCAGUACAAGUUCGACACAAAGAAAAACCCAGGCAGACAGUAGGAUACAAUAUCCAGUUUCAACGUACACGACAGCGCAAGAUGAGCAGCAGAAAUGUGACGAUUGCCUGAGAGCGUUCGAUAGCGCUUAUGCCCUUCGAUGUCAUCGUAUAUCAGUGCAUACAAAGGCUAAAUGGUUUCAUUGCAGAAAAGGAUGUACACAAUCAUUCACCUGUUCUGGGCUCAGAGAAAAACACGAAAAAACCAAACACAAAAAUUUAUCACAGAUGAUAAGAAAAGCCGAUGAUCGUGAGAAUAAAUCGAGAAACGUUGAAGACACUGGAUUCGAUCACUCAAAAGUGGUUGCAAUGAAUGAAAUAAUAAUAAGUUCAGAAAGCGAAGAUGCUUCUGAUCGAGACGAUCUGCUAGAGUUUCAGGUAGAACUUGAAGAUCGAGAAGCCCAAUCUGAUAACAGUUUGAUAGAUUUGUCGAAUGGUGAAAUCGUGUCCAGUCCAGCUGAGGAAAUAUCAUACGAAAUUUUGAAAAAGAAAGAAACCGAGCCCGGUAAAAAAUACGUCAACCACGAGAUCCGAAUUUACCAAUGUUGUGUGCCGUUCUGUUCGGCUCAGUUCCUGGAGGCGGAUCAUUUGAACCAACACUUGAGCUUUUUUCACAAAAGUGACUUCGAAGUCUACGAAAAUACCUGUCAAUAUUGUGAUGGAAUCUUUGAAAACGAAUACCGUCUGUUGGAACAUUUUUCAAUUUCAAUUGUAAUGUUUGAGUGUCGUCUGAUGGCUGGUUGCGAUUUCGUCACUACAUCAAUCAUGAACAUGGUUGGGCAUUUCAAAAGAAAUGUACAUGGACGUCAACCGCACCUGGAACAAAUACCAUUCAUUCAGUUUGAUGUACCUAUUUUCAAUCCAAUCAGCAGUUGGUAUGGUCGAAUGCUUGUCCUCCAGCUGGAGGCCAAAUUUUGCUGCGGUUGUAAACGGUUUUUCCGAUUCAGUUCUGAAUUUGAAUUACACGUAAAAAAAUAUCAUCCUCGGAAAGAUAACAAACCUCUACAGUGCGACACGUGUUCAAGAGAAUUUCGUCGAGGGGAGAAUUUGGCACAACAUGAAGAAAUGCUUUCGAACGAAGUUUUCUACUACUGUAAACCAUGUCGAAUUUUGUUCUGGCACAAAGAAGAAGCACAGAAACACGAUCUGGAAGUGAAACAUUCCGACGGUCGCUUCGAUUUCCGUUCCACUGCUUGGGACGAUCGGUAUGACAUUGUUUUCGUGUGCGACCACUGUUGUCUUAUUUAUACUACAGCAGACGAGCUAGAAAAGCACCAAAAAACACAUCCUUCGGAGGAAAAUCUAAGCAAAUGUACUCGUAAAGAUCAUAAUCAUUACUCGAUCAGUGGCAAGACAUACAAAUGCAAGGUGACUGACUGCUUUUUCAUGUGCAAGGAAAUAUCCCAAAUACAAGAUCAUAUAGCGACUGAUGACAAAUACGUUCACGUUGAUGAAUUUGGCCUAAAUUUUAGUGUCAUUGAACCUAUUUACAAUAAGUGCUGUUUUGUCGAGUGUCGCCAGUCUUACGAUUCCUUAGAAAAUCUUAAAAACCACGUCAAAAAGGAUCACGCUGACCAACUAGAGGCAAACCAGCAAAAAUUUGAAGACUAUCCUUUCCAGUGUGCUGUUUGUCGGAAAGGAUCAUUUUACGAAAAAAGUCGACUUAGACAUCGAAUAAAUGUUAAUAAACGGGAAGGUGAAAGUAUUGGAAUGAGAAUUUGCUCGAGAAGGUCUAUGCUCAAUCGAUGCUGUGUUGAUAAAGGUUGUGACCAUCCUUAUGAACUGAUGGAAAAUUUAAUUCAACAUGCUAAGGAUUGUCAUGCGGAUAGGUUGGAAAAGAACCAAACUCGACAGCGAAAAAAGCCUCACCAAUGUCCAGUGUGCUUGAAAACAUACCUCGAUCCAGCUCAUUUAGCAAAACACCGAAAAGCGGUGAACAAUGGCCUUUACAAAUCUUCCCAAAAAGUCAUAUGGGAAUGCUGCUGCAUAGCGAACUGUAACCUAGCUUUCGAUAGUCGUGAAAAAUUGAUUCUCCAUGCACGACACAGUCAUCAAUCGUUCAUAGAGACGCAAUCUUUGAAAAAAAAGAAAAAAAUGCAUUGCCAGGUAUGCUUUAAAGGCUUUAACAAAAAUGGUGGUUUGACAAACCAUAGACUAAAGGCAAAUAAAAAAGCUAAAGCCUCACACAUGAAGCUACAUAGAACAUGUGAACAAAAAGUUUGUGAGGUAUGCCUAGAAACGUUCAACGGCCAAGCUGAAUUAGACAACCAUACACUAGUGCAUUCCAAGCAUUCAAAUGUUUUCCGUUGUCGAUACGGAUGUACACAGUACUUCUACGACGAAACUCUGAGACAAUAUCAUGAAAGAAAAACUCAUAACAAAUCCAAACUUGAUAAUCAACAGCCUAAUGUUAUAAAUCAAAAUGACGAUGAAGGAAUGGAUCAUGGCUCACCAGAAUAUUUAAUCGAAUAUAUUGAACAUGACAUUACAGAACCAAAUACUGAUCAAACUAGCUUCGCUGCUGAAUCCGAAAAACUCGAAGAAGAUUUUGAUGAAGAAAUCAUUAUGCACGAUCCAGUAAACUCGCAAAAUUCUAAAUAUAUCGUUAAAUUUAAGUCUCGUUUCAAAUGUUGUCUGCCAGCUUGUUCUGAUUUAUUGCCUACGCGCAAAGUGCUGCAUCGACACCUAUUCAUUUACCACCCAGAGGUAGUUUCUGACAGUACGACAAGUUGCAGUUAUUGUGGAGAAGAAUUUAACAGCGAAACAGAACUAAAUCAACAUUUCUUGGUAAACGAAACGAGAUACUAUUGCCUCACUCCCAAAUGUAAGUUUUCUACAUAUUCUGAGGCUGCCAUGCGAGACCACCAGAUUGCAAACAUCCAUCCUAAACAAUACAUUGUGUAUGAGAUGCGUGACAAAAAUCAAUUUGAAGUAACGGGUGUGUUGAACAAUACUAUAGAGAUCGUAAAACCGAAAGGAAAGUUUUGCUGUGGCUGUUCGGCCAUUUUUACAAAUGACGACGAACUGCAGCAACAUUUAGAAGAAAACCAUCCAGCUCCAAGUAGUUCUUCGAACCUAGAUCCAACAACUUUCCAGUGUGAAACUUGUAACUCACGUUUUGUGACCCGAUGUAGUUACACCAACCACCUGUCGAAGUUCGCAAAAGAUGCAUAUUUCUACUGCACAGAAUGUAGCAAAUUUUUCUGGCAGAUUAGAGAAGCCCAGUGUCAUCACGUACGAGAACACGUCGUUUCUGUCGAAGGCUUGGAUGAAGAGUUUCGUGACAGGUUCAAAGUAACCAUCGAAAAUGACCAUAGCUGUUGUAGCUGUGCUAUGAGAUUUGCUACUCGCAAAGAAUUGAUCGAGCAUCAGGAUAGCAUUCAUCUAUCAGAGAGUGCUGACCUGUGUAUCGGUGAUCGACAGUGUAAUCUUUGUAGGGAACAUUUCAGAACUUUUGAAGAAUUGGCUCUUCAUCAACAGACGAACGAUAGUGAAUUUUACCAAUGCAAGACAAACUAUUGUGUUUUCAAAACAAAGAGUUUCGAAGAAAUCAAACGGCACAUAACGGCACCCUCGAAUGCUGUGGUACACAUAGACAGCGAUGGAAAGAAAUUCAAAGCUUUGGACCAUAAUCGUCAGCAAACUGCUUGUUGCCACAAUUUUUGUAUUUACACAAAUAAUGACUAUGAGGAACUUAUAAAACACUGCUCAGAGGAGCAUUCCGCUCAGCGAGAAAUGAAUCUCAAGCAAAGUACCGGGGCAUUUACUUGUGAUCUGUGCUGCAAAUCGUUCUCCUCACAACGUAAACUUGGAGCACAUAAAAUUCAACGACGUGCUACACUUUGCAACAUUUGUAACAAAUUUAUCAGUCUUCAACAAUGGGCUCUACAUACUGAGAAAUGCACUUCGAAAACAACUGUAUCCUGCAAGCAUUGCUCAAAAAUUUUCAAUUUUAACAGUGAACUUAGAAAGCAUGCUCAAACUUGCGAAAAACGAAAAGGUAAUGUGAAAGAACCGAAAAACGCUGAACUGUGCAACAUAUGUGGUAAAAUAGUACCUUUGAAAUCGUUUGAGUAUCACAUGGCUGUGCAUACUAAUGAGCGGAAAUGGAAAUGUUCUAAAUGUCCCUUGGCGUUUAAUUCAGAAUAUCUGCUUGGACAGCACGAGAGUAAGGUGCAUUCCGACGAAAAGUCAUGUGUGUGUAGAUUCGGAUGCGGUAAACGAUACAAGUAUAGCAGCGAUCUAGGUCGUCACGAAAAACUGGUCCACCUUGGAAUCAAGCCAUUUAAAUGCGUGGAUUGUCAAGAGACUUUCGUGAGAGAUCGUGAUCUACGAUUGCAUCGGCGCAAACAUACCGGUAUAAAAUUGUUUCCCUGCGCUCAAUGUGGGGACAGUUUCGACGUGAAAAGUCAAUAUGAUCAACACGUUCAACAGUGUGGUUCAGAAAAAACUCUCAACGCCCAAUAAAAAUAUUUCCCAACAUCUACGAACGGGUUCCCAGCCUACGUGUAACGACAAAUGGAAUGCAAUGAACGAAAUUUUAUACUCUUUUCAAGUGUUGGUACUUCAAAGCUUCUUAGAUGUUUGAGAAAUGUAAAUGUAAAUUAUUAAAAACUAUGAAUAGCUCAUCACUCUGUUGGAUGACAUCGAACGCCAUCAUUAUUCACUUCCGUUGGGGCCGAUUCAAACCAAUCAGUUUUGUUCGCAGCAGUAAGUUAUCGGUUAAUUUUCGUACAAAACUUUGAAAUAAGU